UAACUUCAGCCUAUAAAGACGUCCAAAUCGGUUCGGCAGAAUUGGAUGAGAGUUGUAUGGAAAUGAGAGUUGUGUAAUUUCUGACUGAUAUAGGUCAUACGGUUUACCGACUAAACGACAAGUAUCGCCGACGAGUAUGCAAAGAAAUAUAUGUGGUAAUAUGUGGUGCGUUUUUAAGAAUGGAAAGUGUUGUAAGAAUACAAAAGUACAGUAAAAGGAAAGUAUCGUUGUUGCCUGUGCGGUGCAUAGCAUAGGAAUGGUAUCGCCGUCUAAAAUUCAACACCAACAGGAGCACAAACAGCCAUCAAGAGGAAAUAAAUCAAACAAGUACUCACAUGUUCAUGCAAAGAAGGAACUGGAGUUGUUAAAAGGAAAAGUGUUUUAUUUGGAUAUCAAGAACCAUGCUACUACAGCUAAGAUAGAAGCAAAGAUCAAAGAUUUGGGAGGAGUAAUAGAAUUAUUUUUAAUAAGGAGCGUACACCUGGUGAUCAGUGACAGAGUAGACAAGACUGGUUACGUGAAUUUGGAGAAGCAUAAAUGGGGUUGUGCCAGCGGAGGCAGCGGGGGACCUCCCUCGCUGAGGAGUUUAGAAACUCCAACCCCCAUGCCGACUUCCUUGACACCAUUUUUUAGUCCCGAGUGUCCCUUGUCUAACACAACCAAUUUAAGGGGUCAGACUACCCAAAGAUCCAAAUCUCGGGUGGAGGCAAUGUUGGAGCGUGCUCUCAUACAGCCACAACAGUGUUCAGUGGAUCCACUUUACAACGCUCAAAAUUGGGGAAUUCCUAUUUGGGCAAUUGACAAAUUUCAGACUUGGCUUGACAAAAUCUAUGCGCCUGUCAAAGACACUAAUCAUUUGAAACAGUUGAGACACACGCAUCAACAGAGUGCAAGCAAAGAUAUAAAGGUCAAACACCUGAAAGGUCCUUACCUGAAGUUCGAGUCCUUUCAGAGGAAUAGUAGACCUGUGUUUGUUGAGCUGCCUGUGUGGCCAACGUUGAAUUUUCACGGCGAUCCAGGCUCUUGUCCUUUUGCUACAAAGAGGCGAGAAAAGCAGGCAAAAAUAGAGAAAGAAGUCAAGGAAAAUAGGGAAGGUAUUCAAGCUAUCAACCAAGAGGAGAAAAAAGAAAUGACUCGGCGGCCACGAACAACUGCCCGUACUCGAAGAACAGAUCAUUUAGUUUCCGGUUAUUGUGAAAUCUGCCGUAUUAGAUAUAGAGAUCUGACCAAACAUGUACAAAGCGAUCAACAUCUUAGCUUCGUUCGAAACGACGAUAAUUUCUUGUCUUUGGAUAAAUUGAUUAACGCUGGAGCCAAAGUAGAGGCGUUUUUAGAAUUAAACAGAGGAAAAAAUAUAGAGAAAGACUGCAAUUUAUUUUCCAAUGGAGAUCGUAAUCUUCAUGACACAGUACUGCCAGAAGGAAAAGUCAACAGAAAUGCAAAAAGUUUAGAGGGUUUCGAUGUCGGAGAUAUAAAAAUGGUGCAACGCAAUGGUGCACGCCGGAAUCUCAGUUUAAAAUUAAAUUCCUCUCAUAAUUUACGUACACGUGCAAGACACGAGAGUGGCCAUUUGUUGAGAUCGAAAGGUAGCCCCUGGCACGAAGCCGAUAAAGCGGAGAAGUUUUAUGACGAGUUCGAAGGUUUUACUAUCAAGAAGCGAGCAAAGGGGACAAUCUGGAUCGAAGAAGAUGAGCCAGGAGAUAAUAAAUAUAUAGAGGAAGAUGAAUUGAAAGAGUCCAAGCAAAACGAAUAUAAAAUUAAAACGUUUUCAACGGAGUUGGAGGAGAAGUGCUGCGAGAAUGAGAAAAAUUGUGACAUGUGUAAUAAACUUAAAGAUACUAGCAAUCAAGACGUACAUAGGACAAUAAAUUGUAAUAACGAGGAAAAUAGUAUUAAGAGUGAUAUAGAAUGUAUCAAGCAAGAACAAACUUCUAUAAAGGGUAAAAAUCACGGUCAAAUCAACGGAAGCGUAAAACAUGUUUGUAACGAAAAUCUUUUAAGUACAAAUGACAAUAGCCGUACCGAAUCCUGUAAAGCAUCGCCUGGGAACGAAACUUUAAAAGAAUUGACUUGCAAAUUCCAGUUAGAGACCACUCCGUGCAGCGCAAAAAGGCUCUCAGAGCACAGUGACAUUACCGCAGACACCAUCUGUAAUGGUCAUACUGUGAAAGACGAGCAAAAGGUUACUAAAACGCCAAACAAUACAGAAAAAGAUGAAGUAACGAAAGAAGAGAAAUCGAAAUACUACAAAUCAAGUAGGAGAGGUAGCCGAAGCGUUAGAGGGCGGCAUAGGUUGUCCGUUGAGGAACGUUUAAUCGAAGAUAACCGUGCAUAUUAUAAAGUGGAAGUGUUAGGAAGUAAAUUAAGGUCGAGUGUAUUGUCGAAUAAUAAUUCCCAAUGUAUAGUUCAGAGAGAUGGGGAUUGUGAGGAAAAGAAGGAAGUGCCAUCUAGUGAAAAGCCAGUAGUUGUACGAUUUAAACGUGUAAGGAAGUCGGAACUGUCAUUACUGAGUGACGAGGCGGAAUCUUUUAUGUUUAGGGAACUUAAACGAGACGAUUCUAGUGAGACGAGCGAUGGCGAACAGAGUAGCAUAUUGCCAAGGGAUACUGAAAGUGAGUGCAACGAUAUCGGCAAUUCCAUUUCCUCCAGCUCGUUCUUAAGUUCUAGUUCACCUGUGAAGUCUGAAACUAUCGAAGACGAUUCUCAGGACUCUUUAAAUUUGGGUCGAGCUAGAAAAAGAAGACGGACGCAGGCAGAAGCGCUGAUCAAAGACAAUGUUGAUUAUUACAAGUUUGAAACUCCUGGGAGCAGAUUAAGGUAUCAGGCACCUCUGACCGGUAUUAAAGAGUCAUCGAUUAUUGAAAAUUCGGUGAAAAUAGAGGGAGAGAGAAUGAUCGAGAACAGUGUUGAAAUAGGAAAGGUAUAUCCGUCCAAACCCUCACCAGAGGUCGAGAAAAUGCAAUUUUCCUUCGAAGGCAUACCGAAGUCUGAACCGUGGUAUCAAACGUACCAGCGGCAAGAUAUGGGAGCUGAAUUUUGGCAUUAUUUUAGCGAAGGGGAUUCGCAAAAACCAUUUCUUUUGCCAUACGAAAUUGAAAAUUUUCACGAGAUUUUGAUAAAAAAUCAAAAUAGAACUGAAAGCAAGAGGAAAGGUCGCGGACGAAGUGCGGGUUGUAUCGGGCGGUCUCCUCGGAAAAGUCCUCGCUGUCACGCUUCCACGUUAGCUAUUAUGUCAACGAUUAUUAGGAAAAGGGAACAACAACAGCAACAACAAUCUACAAAUUUGUGCACGAUGGACGAAUGCCAAUCUGUCAGGUCACAGGCAAACACUCCAAGACCCGACCACAAAACUGAAUCGAAGCCCGACGUACACGAAGAUCUAAAGGAAAUAGUGAAGAGCAUCGACGAGAUGCUUAAUGCAAACGACAAUUUCGAAUUGAUCGAAACCUUCAAACCAGACACAACUCAGAUAGAACUGAUUGUUUGCGAACCAAACGUUCCAAGAGGACCACCUCCGAAUUUGUUCGAGUUAUUGGAGAGUUCUCACGACGUGGUAAACUGUUUGGAAAAUUCAUCGUGUGCGAGUUCCGAGUGCGGCGAGGGUAGCGUCGAGUUACCAUUGAAACGAAGGAAGAAGAGGAAAAAUAGAACCGGUUGGCCUGGGAUUAAAAUGAAGAGAAGACUCCAAAGUAAACCUCUGGCGGAUAUAAAUUGUGACAGAGAGAACUUGGCCGAGAAAAGUAUUGAGCAUAACGAGAAAGAUUGCGAUGUACAGGUGACGAAUAUAUCUAGUAGAUUAACGGAAGAAGGUAAUAUCAAAAUAGGUGCAUCUGUUACGAGUUCGAUCGCGCAAGAUGAACAGUCAUUAGGCUUCGGCCAGAGGAAGGACGACGGACGUUUAUUCGAAAUGUAUACCUCGAGUAUUUCCUCUAAUACGCGUCACGACGAAAACGAGAAGAAAGAUGUAAGUAUAGCGGUCCCUGAUAAUUCCAUAUUACAUACAACAAAUGCUGAAUCCUGCACAGGUUCACUUACACCUGAUAUAUGCAACGAGACUGACAGGAAUUUCAUAUUGAACAAAGACUACGGAUUCAGGAAGAACUUGCCAGAGAUCGAAGAAAUGUCAGAGAAUGAUCCGGGAAACGAUGAGAAUCAUGAGAACGUGUUCCGGAAAGAUGUUCACUCUAUAUCGGAACGUCGCUUUAUCUCCAACGCAACCAUCAAGAAACGGCAACGUGACAACAACGCAUCCUCUGAGACUUGCGAAUCUCGUGUGGAGCUUGACAAUCACGAGAUUUUGUGCGGGAAGGAGGCCGAGGCUACAAUUGUUUCCAGGAAACAUCACAACACGAACGGAUUGCCAAGAAAGCGGCAACGGAAAAACCAUUCUGAGAACUCUGACUCUGAAAUCGAACAGCAUCACCACCACCAUCAUCACCAUUACCAUCACCACCAUCAUAACAAUGUAUAUAAAAGGAACAGAGUAACUUCGCGGAAACGGAUUUACGCGAGAAGGUGUGCGAGAAAAAAUAAUAUAUCCUCGAACGCAGUGUUCGAAGAUGAGAACUGUAAAAAGGAUUCCUAUUUAAGUAUUACGUGUAAAAAGCCACAAAAUAUACGGGGUACAAAGCGACGAGCCGAUACUAUGUCAUCGGAAACGCAAGACUCUGAGGUUGAUUGUACAUUAUCGGGACGCGUUAGUCCUGCGAUUAUAGCCACUUCUGAACUGGGAGAACGACGUUCGAGUAUCGAGUUUCAACCAGUUGUUAGAAUGAUGAAGAUCGAUGAUCAAGUUGAAAUGGACCACAGUAUUCUUUCGGUAACGAUCGCAAGCAACAGACGAUUAAGAAGUUCCAGUUCUCCGAGAUCCAAUACUCAGCCGCCGAAAAAACGUUUAAAAACCAACCGCGGUCAAUUCGGAAGAUGGUUAAAAAGUAGCUGAAAUCCUCGAUACAAUUUUCGUUGUAGUUUAAAUUUCAAAAUCGAGAUUCAGUCUUUCAUACGAUCUCGCUAUUGAAAUUUAAUCUAUACAUUUCGCAAUGUGUAAAUUAUGUAUAAAAUAUUUGUGUAUGUAGAAUAGUAUUUAACAUUACUGGCGCACCAAUAAUAGGGUUUUAUUAAUAUUUUCCUUAAUGUCCUUUUUCGAUAAGAGUUGUACAUUGAUAUUUAGGUGCAGUUUUUGUGUUUUCAAAUCAGAAAGUCAGCGUGCGUAUGUAUACCUGCGUUUAAACAAAGUACUUUCUUUUAUUUUCUUAUUUCAGUAUACAUACAAUGUGCACAUAUGAAGGAACUUAUUUUUAUUUGUAAAAGCAGGCUUUAGAAUGCGCAAUGCUGUAAAACAAGCUUCAUUAUAGCAAACAAUAAUUUUCUGUUAUAAAACGCAUCAUUGAAUGUAAGAUAUAAUUCAAUAUAUAUAUAUAUGUAUUGAAUAUAUACAUAUAUAUGUAUAUGUAUAUUGAAUUCCCUUACGAGGGUCCAUCAAAUAUUUUAUUUCAAAGAUGAAUAAUGUAAGCCUUUCGCGAUUUCGAAAAAGAGAUGACUAUUAAAGAUAUGAAUUUUCCAUUAAAAA